UUCAUCAUUUUGCUGAAAGAGGGUUAGAUGAGGGAAUGUUCUUGCUGUGGAAAAAAAAAACUCAUUGAUUCUUCUGAGUCAUUAGCUUUUCAUAGACGGCUUAGUGGUUUUAUGGAUCAGAGCAUUUCAAUUACCACGUGUUUGUCAGAUGAAAAGCACAUCCUCAUUUAGUUUUUGAUGAAGUACUUCUUCAAUACAUAAAACUUCUCAUUACAUUGUUUUUGUAAAAUGUGCUUCUGGAAAAUCCGCUGAAUACACAGUAGAUUAAGCACAUCAACGCCGGCUGUGAGGGAUAUGCAAUCAGCGAAUGACGCCAGUGCUGAAGUAUUUCCUUCGGUAAUGCUGAUCAAAGAUGGCUGACGCGGUUUGCAUAUCAAGACUGAUUUUAUUUUCAAUGAAAUUAUUUUCCUCCAUUAGAUGAAUGCCAGGUCUGGCUUUGGAAUUACGCAGUCCUGCAUUGCUUCAGCCCAGAACUGUGCACUGCUAAACCAACCAGGGUCACAGUUUGAAUCGCGUGCAAGUCAUUCUGGCCACAUGAAUGUGAACAGCUUGCUAACAAGGCUCAUUUCCUCAGGAUUAAUUAAGCCAACUAUCACAGCACAAACUCAAACCGCUAAAACAGAGCGAGUUUCAGAAAAGCAGAAGGAGGACAACGUUCAAAGGGUCCCAGAUCUCACUGGGUUCGUCAAAGAACGCAUGAAACGGAGGUAUGGCGGCGUGGUCUCUGAGCUCUACGCCGGACGGCAGUGCUCUUCCUGCGGCGAGCGCUUUAGAUCCACGCACACGCGGAAGUACAGAGACCACCUGGACUGGCACUACCAGCAGAACAGCGCCAAGAAGAACAGCCAGGCGAGGGCCGCACACAGGGCGUGGUACUGCCGUGCGCAGUCCUGUGAAAUGUGCAGGGAGCUGUUUGACCUGACCUGGGAAGAUGACAGAGAGCAAUGGUGUCUCAAAAAUGCCAUUCGUUCAGAUGGAAAAACAUACCAUCCAUCCUGUUAUGAAGACUACCAAAAUACAUUCUGAUCUGUGGACUGCCUUCUUCUCUCCCAGUAAAGCUGAGGUGGAAAAAAGACAGAAAAUUGAAAAAUAAACCUCAUGCUUCACCUCCAGAAGAAAAACAAAUGAUA